AGGAUUUAUGAUGUAUGUAUGUACCGAGAGCUCUACCUCUUACUCCGUCUUCGUAGGGAAGAAUAUCAAUACGCACGGAAUCUUACUGUGAUAAUCGCUUAUUCAAAGCUAGGGUUCUAAUCCUGCAAAUCCACAUUAAGCUUCAAUCGAAUCUCAGUGCAUUUGUAAGUUAAAUUUUCUCAUUUGUUUCCUCCAUUUAUUGAGUUAUCAAGCUUGCAUCCAAAUAAAGGAUAUAUGACCAAAUAAUCACAGGAAGAGUUAUUCCAUGGUUAGAGCUCCAUCCAAUUUUAUCGCCUUCUGUAGGCAGAAACCCCGUAAUAGACUAAACUCUUGUACGCGGACACGAAAUCUAAUUCUAGAAUCCGGAGAAGGUGGUUCCAAUGGCGAAGAACUGAAACUCAAUAAGAAAGAAGAGGAUAAACCGGAAAACGAUCGCCAAACUUACGCGGGCAUUGUUAGAGAGGUCUGCGAUAUCACGAGAACCAGACCUAGAUGGGAGCAGACUCUCGCUUCCAUUUUUCCUUCGUUUAAUUUCUCGGAUCCCAAAUUCUUUCACGAUCUUCUGAGUGAACAAAAUAAUGUGUUUCUCACACUUCGUUUCUUUCAAUGGGUGCAUUCCCGUUACGAGUUUUCACCUGACGCAGUUUCUUGUAGAGUGAUUUUUGAUGCGCUUGUGGAGGCUAAAGCCUUGCAGGCAGCACAAUUUUUUCUCCAUAGUACUGGUUUUAGUCCAGACCCGGCUUCAUUAGAAUGUUAUAUAAGGUGCCAAUAUGAGAAUGGGUUGGUUGAGGAUGGAUGUGAUGUGUUGUCUAAGUUGCAGAAGGCUGGAUUUCGCCCCGCAAUGAAAACUUGGAAUUCCGCAUUGUUGGGAUGUCUCAAGGUUGGGAGGACAGAUAUUGUGUGGAAAUUGUAUCAAGAAAUGAUGGAAUCUGGUGCUGUUGCAGAUGUUGAUGCUGAAACUGUUGGUUGUCUAAUUCAAGCUUUUUGUGAAGAUGGCAAGUCUUCUGAAGGUUAUGAGCUUCUACAACAGGUUCUGGAAGAUGGUUUGGAGCCUGGAAAUGUCACUUUUAAUAAGCUGAUUGCUGCUUUCUGUAAGGAGAGGAAGUAUACUAGAGUGUCUGAAAUCCUUCAUAGAAUGAUUGCAAGGAAUCAAACUCCUGAUAUUUAUACAUAUCAAGAAGUUAUCAAUGGACUUUGUAAGAAACGAAAGCGACUUGAGGGCUAUCGGAUAUUCAAUGAUCUCAAGGAUAGAGGGUAUGCCCCUGAUAGGGUCAUGUAUACAACUAUGAUUCAUGGCCUAUGUGAAAUGGGAUGGCUUGGUGAUGCUAGGAAGCUGUGGUUUGAGAUGAUAAAUAAGGGAUUGCUUCCAAAUGAGUUCACUUACAAUGCACUGAUUCAUGGUUAUUGUAAGAUCGCGGACUUUGAAGAGGCCAAAAAGGUGUACAAAGAGAUGUGUGCAAGAGGAUAUGGGGAAACAACAGUGACCUACAACACGAUGAUUGCUGGAUUUUGCUUACAUGGAUGGACAGAUGAGGCACAUGGCUUGUUUGAAGAAAUGUCUCAAAAGGGUAUUGCUCGUGAUAUCAUCACAUACAACACCCUCAUUCGGGGGUUUUGCAAGACAGGAAAGGUAGAUGAGAGCAAACACCUAUUGAAAGAACUCCUUACACAGGGUUUACAGCCAUCUACUUCCUCAUAUACCUCUCUUAUUGAAAAAUUGUGUCAAGUGGGAGAAUUGGACAAUGCGAAAAGGAUGUGGAAUGAUAUGCAGAGUAGGGGUUUGAAGCCAAAUGUCUGCUCUUAUGACCAUAUUAUUACCGGUUUGUGUGGUAAAGGAGAUUACAUGGAAGGUUUGGAAUGGUUAGUAAGAAUGCUGGAAAAUAGAUUUAAACCGCAGAAGGAAACUUUUGAGGGACUGGUUCAGUGUCUCAUACAAAACGAUAAGUUGGACGAUUCUUUGUUUGUUUUGGACUCUAUGUUUAGAAUAGGUUAUGCACUCAAAGAAGAAAGACCUGAGUUUCAGUACUAAACAAGUUGUAAAGAAGUGGCUUCCAAAAGAAAAAUUGGGCAAAUUCCAGACUACUAUUUUCUUCCUCGAAGAUCUCUGCCUUCUGCCAUUGCCUUCUAUGGAGCAUGUACUGCUCUCGGAGUUGGUGCUGGAAUGCUGUUGGAAAUAUGGAUAAACAAGAAAGUAAAGGUAUUUCUUCAAAAUCAUUCACGAUAGAUUAUUAGGUCUCUUGAAUAGAACAUAAGGUGUGCACAGGUCACACUUUGGUUGUGAUCUUGUAGUGUGUGGCUUGUGAGGGGUAUGCCAUGCAAGACCGACCUUGUGGAAGCUGUCAAAUGGCGACUGGGAUAUUCUUGUCGUGAUUGUGUCAGGGCACAUUCUAUGGUGUCAAUACCUUGUCUCUGAUAUAUCUGCUCUGAGCUCUAACUUACUGCCAAGGAGUUGGAAGUAAAUAAAUAGAUGAACAAAAAUGAGUUGAAAUAACAAUCCAUGGUGAUUGUUGAUUGAUGAAUACUACUGUUUCUGUCUUUGCAGUUACAAGCAAUAACUUAAUCAAGAAAACCAUAACAUUAGUGUUAGGAAAUUGGUAGAAUUAAUGACAAUUGCGCAGUUUGUUGGUAGAAAAGCACCUGAAAACUCCAGAGUCUCUUGGUCGGGAAAUGGUGUAAUUCAUAAAAAUUUGCUAGACUGAAUUGUUUGGUUGAUGAGCACCUAAUUAUAACUAAUGUUCAAUUCUUACUCUGUCACUUCACCUUAUUAUAACUAAUGUUCUUCCUCAAUAUGUAUUUUGAAUGAAAGAAGCUGAAGUGUCCUUAUAAAAUUACAAGAUAAUUUUCAUGUUUGAAUCACCACUGCUCCUACAUAAUUCACCAUUCGAGAUUAUCCCAUAAUCUUUCAGUAUAAUUUUAAUUUAUUGUCUUUUAUUAAAUACUUUAUUUCACUUUGAUAAUGCUUAUGGCUAACAUAUGAUUGCUAUGGUGUUUAUUUCAAAGAAAUGAUUGAUAUGGUGUUUCAGAGGAUGGAGGCAUCAUAUGGGAGUUUGACAAGUAGAGCAGACAUGACACAGCUCAAGUAAUGAAAUUUUAUUUACUUGUACUUUCAACUCUUUUAUUCGAUUUGGUUGCUGUAUGAUAUAUAUGAAGGAAGAUAAAGCAAAUGGCAUCUUUAUCCUAAAAGCUAUGAUGAAAUUAUUCCAAGUUCGCAAACCUAAUAUACAAGUAAAAAUUCCCUGAAGGAGGAAAUUAUGAGUGGUAAACUGGAAUAGAUUCAUGUUCUUGAUGCAGAUGAGUUGUUGAUUAGUUUGGUAGAGGAGUGUAGUGCAGAUGAAGUCUGGCAAUCUCUUUUUGGGGAGAACUUAUUAAUACAAUCAAUACAGAGAUUUUGCAGCUAUGAUUGUAAAUCUUUUCUGUUGGUAUAAAAGGACCCAGGUCCCAGGUAUGAAGGCCCGGAAACAUGGUAAAGAUAAGCAGGUAGAAGUAACUUAUGUGCAGCUUAAGUAUAUUUCUCUAAUGACAGAUUGAAAUCUGACUAUCCCAAAUGAUUUUUGUUGAUCUCUAAUGAAAUCGUAUCUUAUUUUUUACUUGAUUUGCAUGGUCAUGGAACCUCGCUGGGUUUUGUCAGUAAACCUUGAGGAAAGAGUUGGAUUGAUAUUUUUGUGUGGUGGCCCUUACGCAAAUGUGCGCGUGGGUGGGGUGUGAUUAGAGGAUAAAGAAAGCAAGGGGGUGGACCAAGUGUUUCUAAAUGUUCAAGUUAGGUUGCAGUUUAACUCGACUUGUAAGCUCGUUUUUCAGCUAAAAAUUCGUAGCUAAGUUUUUUUUGCUGAGAUUAGCAAAAAUUUAGUGAGUAUUAGUGAUACUUUUGAUUUAUUGUAUGAGACAUAAAUAUAUGAAAUCACUUCUCUCUGUAGAAACACAUUUAGGCAUAUUGUAUUAAAUUUGUGAAAUCUAGAAAUG